UUAGCAACCAAUUAGAAGAGAAAUAUAGAUUACAAAAAAAAGUAUGCAGAUUAAUCCAGCUUGUAUACUCUCAAUUUUUCUUUUGUCAUUCAUUUCAAUUUCGGGAGCUUCUUCGGCUCAUAACGAAAAUGAUUUUCUUGAAUGCCUCACCGUCCAGUUUCAUAGAUCCAACUCAGAUUCUGAUUCAAUUUACACCCCGAAAAAUGUAUCAUAUUUAUCUAUUCUCCAAUCUUCAAUACGGAACCUACGGCCAGCAUCAAACUCUCGCCAGAAACCUGUUGUAAUCAUCACCCCGGAGCAUGAAUCCGAAAUUCAGGCAGCAAUUUAUUGCUCUAAGAAACAUGGGAUUCAGCUAAAAGUCCGAAGUGGUGGACAUGACUACGAAGGACUUUCAUACAUAUCUCAAACUCCAUUUUUUAUUGUGGAUAUGAGAAACCUACGAUCAAUAUCCAUUGACACAGAAAAAAACACUGCAUGGGUUCAAACAGGUGCAACACUUGGUGAACUUUAUUAUACGAUCUCUCAGAAAAGCAAGACUUUGGCCUUCACAGCCGGCGUUUGCCCGACUGUAGGUGUUGGAGGGCACUUCAGUGGCGGAGGAUACGGCAUGAUGUCCCGUAAACAUGGUAUUGCGGCAGAUCACAUCAUUGAUGCCAAACUUAUUGAUGCUAAUGGCAAAAUUCUGAACCGAGAAUCCAUGGGAGAAGAUCUCUUUUGGGCCAUUAGAGGAGGUGGAGGUACCAGUUUUGGAAUUGUAGUUGCAUUUAAGGUGCAAUUAAUUGUAAUUCCAGAAACUGUGACAGUUUUUAAUGUUUCAAGAACGUUAGAACAAAAUGCAACCCAGCUAGUACACAGAUGGCAAUAUGUUGCUGACAAGAUUGAUGAUAAUCUUUUGUUAAGACUCUUCCUAAGAAGCUUCAACUCUUCAAAUGGAAAGAGGACAAUAGGAGCAUUCUUCACUUCUUUGUACCUAGGCCGAGUUGAUGAUCUUCUCCCAAUAAUGCAACAGAAAUUCCCAGAAUUGGGUUUGGUGAAAGAAGAUUGCACUGAAAUGCCAUGGAUAGAAUCCACACUCUUUUUCGCAGGUUUCCAGGGUGAAUCACUGGACGUUUUGCUGAAUAGAACUCAAGUUUCCACGGCAUAUUCUAAAGCAAAAUCUGACUACGUGAUGCAACCAAUUCCAGAACACGGUCUCGAAAGCAUAUGGAACUUUCUUAAGGAAGAAGAAGAAAAUGGGGCCGAGUUGCAAUUCAGUCCGUAUGGAGGGAGAAUUAAUGAUUUCUCAGAAUCAGAAAUUCCUUUCCCACAUCGGUCUGGCAACAUAUUCAUGAUUCACUAUGGAGUUGGCUGGGCAGAUAAUGCAGAAUAUCAAAGGCAUAUAAACUGGAUCCGGAGGCUUUACAGUUUUAUGGCUCGUUAUGUGUCAAAAUCUCCAAGAGCUGCAUAUUUCAAUUAUCGGGAUUUGGAUAUUGGCAUGAACAAUAUUAAAGGGAAUACGAGCUACAGGCAAGCAAGUGUUUGGGGAUUUAAGUAUUUCAACAAUAAUUUCAGAAGAUUGGUUAAGGUGAAGACAGAGGUGGAUCCAACCAAUUUCUUCAGGAAUGAACAAAGUGUUCCGCCAACGUCAACUCAAUAAAAUAAACUGUAUGUAAUGCUUGUCAUUAAUUACAUAAUGAAUAAAAAGAAUGUUUCCUCAAUAGUUUAAUAUGUAAACAUAAAUUGAUGAUUAAUGAAUAAAUAUCCAUUUUAAUUUUUAGUA